CUUCUCAGGAGCUCUCUCUCUCUCUCUCUCUCUCUCUCUCUUCGCCAUAGAAGAGGAGGAAGAAGAAGGAACCACAGGGAAGAAGAGGAUUAUCACCGAAUCCAUCACCACCGCCACCAUUAAUGGCGUCGAGGAUCGCAUUCAAGCCCCUGGGCUCCCUCUGCUUCGCGCCGCCGCGUACCAACAGGAGCGCCGCCGCCGCCGCCGCCACCUUCGGAUCCCCCAGAGCCUCCAUGGCCUCCACCAAGCUUGAGACUGCCAAAAAUCCCUUCAGUCCUCGCGAGGUCCACGUCCAAGUCACCCACUCAAUGCCACCACAAAAGAUCGAAAUUUUCAAAUCCCUCGACGACUGGGCUGAAAAUAACAUCUUGGUUCACCUCAAACCUGUUGAAAAGUGCUGGCAACCUCAGGAUUUUCUCCCCGAUCCUUCCUCUGAUGGCUUCCACGAGGAAGUUAAAGAACUUAGAGAGCGAGCCAAGGAAAUCCCUGACGAUUAUUUUGUUUGCUUAGUGGGAGACAUGGUUACUGAAGAGGCACUUCCUACUUAUCAAACGAUGCUUAAUACUCUCGACGGUGUAAGAGAUGAGACCGGCGCGAGCCUCACAUCAUGGGCUAUAUGGACAAGGGCGUGGACUGCCGAAGAGAAUAGGCAUGGAGACCUUCUGAAUAAGUACUUAUAUCUUACCGGCAGAGUUGAUAUGAGGCAGAUUGAGAAGACGAUACAAUAUUUGAUUGGCUCUGGAAUGGAUCCUAGGACGGAGAACAGCCCCUAUCUCGGCUUCAUUUAUACAUCGUUCCAAGAGCGCGCCACCUUCAUCUCCCACGGGAACACUGCGCGGCUUGCCAAGGAGCACGGUGACCUAAAACUGGCCCAAAUAUGCGGCAUAAUCGCCUCAGAUGAAAAGCGGCACGAAACAGCAUACACCAAGAUCGUUGAGAAGCUCUUUGAGAUUGACCCAGAUGGUACCGUUCUUGCCCUAGCUGACAUGAUGAAGAAGAAGAUAUCGAUGCCAGCCCACUUAAUGUACGACGGACACGACGAUAAUCUGUUUGAACACUUCUCAACAGUGGCCCAGCGGUUAGGAGUUUAUACUGCAAAGGAUUACGCAGACAUACUCGAGUUUCUUGUGGUUAGGUGGAAGGUGGCGGACCUAACCGGCCUUUCUGGGGAAGGGAAGAGGGCGCAAGACUACGUGUGCACUCUGGCCCCGAGGAUUAGAAGGUUGGAAGAGAGAGCUCAAGGGCGCGCGAAGCAAAAGGGCACAAUACCAUUUAGUUGGAUUUAUGGUAGAGAAGUUCAACUUUGAACCCAAAUGUGCUCUAUAGUUUUCGGAUAACUUGGAUACAAAAUACUAUGCUUUACUCUUCUUUUUUACUUUGUUGUUAUUUUGUUGGCAAAAGGUGUUUUGGAGGGAGGUUGUAGAUUCUCUCUAAUUCAAUUAUCAUGAAAUGCCAUCUGUUAGAUGAAGCUUGGUGUUUUGAUACUGUUUAGGGGGGGUGUGUGUGUUAGAGAGAAGGGUUCAUGUUUUGAUGUUUCCUCUUGGAUGUACAAGUACUGUAUCACUUUGCAAAGUGUGUUGCUGGUGUACUGUUCAACUGUUGGUUCUUACUCUCUUGUGUUCAAGUUUGAUAAUACUUUGGAGCAUUUCAUGAUAAUUUAUAAUUAGAACAUGGAAAUUGAGUUA